AUGUGUGAAGCGACUGGAACGGUGGGAACCUUCUGCUGCAGCGACGAUGAUCAGUACUCCCACAGGAGUGGCUCCUCGAGGCGGAACACGCCGGCGCCGACGAUGUCCUCGUCGACGACCCAGGACGACGCGCACGGGAGGCCCGCCGAGGCCUCAUAUCUCAGGUCCAGGAGCAGGUCGGGGAGGUCGAACAGGGCGUCUUCCGGGUCUUGGACCGGCUCGGCGUGCGGUGCAGGCGGGGGCGGCGGCGAGACCGCGCUGGCGUCGGAGGCGCUGUCGGGGCUCUUGGCAUUGGCACUGGCGCCGCAGGGGAAGUCGGCGGAGGCGGCGACCCAGCUCAGUGUGGAUGAGAUUCAUGUAGUAGUACGGGUAUCAGAUAAUAUUGCCAAAAAUAAGAGUAUCAAAUACCUCAGGGGUGUUUAA